AAAAAGGUGCUUUUAUUUGUUCAGUGCGGGAAGUGAAUACCCCGUAACUCAUCUCACAAUAUUCCGUUCGGGCAUUCCGUUUGGCUGGCCCUGCCGUCGGACAAACUUGAGCAAAGAGUGAGAAUCAACAAUAAAAUAGUAAUAUCGCACGUCCGGACGAUUUAGAUGGCGCUCUACAAGGCGCAGGCAGACAUUCCAUCCGAAAGAAAAGAGGAAGAAAAAUAACGCGGUCCCGAGCCGGCGUGUUGUGAUCAACUCGAGCCAACAACAUAACCUCGAACUUAUUCCUUGAAAUAAUCACUGAUCAACAUUUAAAACUGUCGUUCAACCUACUGUGAGUUUCUCUAUUGCUCGUGCUGGACGUGUUGGAGACGUUUUCGACGGCCCAUCAUUGCAUCUUAUUCGAGGUACGAAGAACAGACAAAAUGGAUUUGAAGUGUGAUAUUUGUUUCCUCAAUUUUGAUGUGGACUCCCAUCGUCCUAAAUGCUUACCCUGUGGACAUACCAUCUGUAAGGAAUGUGUUGAAAAUCCUGCCAUGAGAAGGAAGUGCCCAACUUGCAGGAAGGCAUUUAAACAACACCGCCCUGAGGACCUACCCGACAACGUCCUAGCAGUCCGAUUGCUGGAAAACGAGGCUGCACCACCCUGCAAGAAGCCUAAGACCGAGGACCCAGAGCUUGAGCAGCUUCAACGGGGCGCGGACGCGGGGCAGAAGGUGGUGGAGAUGCUGCGGCUGGUGGUGCCUCAAGCGGUCGAGUCGCUCAACCGUCAUCUGGAGUCGUCGGUCGCCCAGCUCGGCCAAGUGAAGCAGGCCCUGCAGAGGAGGGUGCAGCGGGAGGCGGCCGGCGAUGUGGGCACCACGUCGGACGCCGUGGAGGAGCCGCUGCAGCUGGCCGAGCAGCUGGAGGCCAGCCACCGCCUGCUCACCUCCACCAAGUGCACCGUCGCUGCCGAAGAGGAGGGUGGCUCCGCCUGGACGGCCUCUGUGCAGCCCGGCGGGUGCGGCGACAUCCUGCGCGUCCUGCUGCUGCAGCUGCGGGCGGACGGCCAGCUGGGAAAGAUUGGCCACGGCGACCACGGCGGCAUCACAGUUCCUGCCACCCCUGCUGCGGCUUACGUGGGUCCGCCGUUGUUUUCCAUCCUCGGGAUAGACGACAAACUUCUCGACCAGGGUCGUUUAAAGGUAGACGAUAUUAUUCGAAACACCCGGCAGAGUUGGAUCAUCCCUCGCAGCCUGCAGAAUUUGAGGGGUGGCGGCUCCGCGCACCUGCUGCGUGUCAUGGGGGCACACCUCGAGGAGCUGCACAUUGCGGGUCUAUCUGAGCCCAGCGUCAUGAUGGAGGUAGAGAAAUUGUCGUCACUCAAACGACUGCGGGUACAAUGCGCUCCGAAUGUGGUCUACCCGGACCUGCCGUUGCAGCUGGAAGAACUCGAAAUAAGUCAAAUAUCUGAGAACCAGCUGCGUUGUGUUCAGCGUAUGGACAGGCUUCGAAACUUGCAGUUAUUCAACUACGUAGGCCCAAAUCUGACCUUCCCUCCCGCGCAGCAUGGCAGGCUGCUGUGGCUGUCUAUGGUCUUUAGAACUCAACAAAAGCCCACCAUGUUGUCUCUUAUCAGCGCCCAUGCCUCAUCACUGCAGGAGCUAAUGAUUGCCUGCUCUUUAUCCGCCGAUCCUGAAUACGCAGACGUGUCGUUCCCCGACCUGGGCCAGGAGCUGGCGGCGUGCCGCAUGCCUGCCCUACGCCGUCUGGUCCUUCUUCGCCCUACGUCACCCAAAAAUGAAUGCAUAGGCCGUGUCGCUGAAUGUGUUCUGCAGCGACGGACCAUUCGUGGCUUAUUGGGUCCAUCCGUUGAGGUGCUUUGCAGGAUGUGCAGCAUACCGGAGUUGUAGGUUUAGGCAGCAAUAUGAGACAUUUAUACUACAGUAGAAUCACAUGCCAAUUGAGCCCAAUCAAACCUCUCUGAAAACAGGACUGUCUUAGGCCCAGAAUUUGUAGAAUGUUCAGAAAGACUUUUAUUUGUAUUUUGUUGUUAAGCUGACUGUACUGUUAAAUUUGCAAAACUUGUACUGUUAAACAAGCAAAAAUAAAUACCACAUUCGUCUGCAUUUUAAGACGCUUUGAGUUUA